AUGAGUACGGAAGCCGAAGGUGUGGACGCUCAUUACGCCUACUUUCGGUCGAUCUACGGCCAGUUGAGCGAGUCUCCGGUCGGUUUGAGACUUCGCAAUCUCUAUGACUACACCAAAAACAGCAACAGCAUGGUGCAAAAGUCGUUGGACGGUGUAGAAGUACGCUUGUAUGAUGUCAACGACAGUGUUAUUGCACCAUUGUAUGAAAGAUAUUGUUAUCCAGCCACAGAACGUCUAGCAAAGGCUUCACAAAGCAGUAAGUUGUGUUUGACGUUGUUUUUAUAGCGUUAGAGAAAGUAAUUUUACUGUAAAUAACAUGGUCUUUGUUAAUUUGUGGUAGCUAGACAUUAAUUUACUGGCUUGACAGGUUAUGAUCAAGGAACCAAUAUCUACCACAGCGUGAAGGACUUGGCCCAAGCUGGUACUACUCUUGGCCUUGGCGUUGCUGUUGUUGGUGCCCAAAUUGGUCUGAUUGUAAGUGCAUCGAUGACGAAUCUGCUUUUGGAUGGCAUCAUCUUGAGCAAGGACGUUGGAAGCGGAGUUGUGAACAGAACCAAGAACGUCGAAAAACAAGUCGAAGCCAAGAUUUUUGCCACUUUGGAGAACUGCAAAAACAUCGCUGGUGUAAGUUGUUAUUUUUUAGCCUAUAUGAAAAAUAAACAAAGGUGUUUUGAGGUUGUUAUAUGGUACAUAUUUAUAUCUGGGUUGCUUUAUUUCAUUAUAAAGUUUAAGUUUGGCAAUUUAGGUACCCGUCAACAAAGCUUCUGAAUACACCAACUCCCUUCUUGACGUUAUGAACGCCUUCUUGGACAACUUUCUUCAUUUGCCAGUGAAUGAAAACGAAAACCCAGAAAGUUCGAUCCCUCAGAGAAUCCGCCAUUUGACUUCUCGUGUCAGCCAAGCCAUCGUUUCCAAGACAGUCCAGCCAUGUCAACAACAAAUUGCCGCCCUAUUAGAAAAUCUAAGAGCUAGAUUGACAUUAGUAAGUGAAAAUAAAUACAAUUAACUCUUUUGGCAGGUUGAAAACUUAAAGAAACAACGGGACAACGUUCGUACUCACCUCAUGAGCACCUCAUUGUCAGAUCUGUACGCAAGAGUCGAGAAAGAAGCUGCUGAAAUCAAAGCCCAACCCUCUGAAGUCUUGUUGCGAUCGAUCCAAGGUUGUGCCAAAAGAUUGAAUGCCUCUUUGAGUGCCAUCUCUCAAAAGAGCUCACAGGUAAACACUUUUUAGACUUAUUAUAGUAGUGUAUUCGUAAUAAUGCACAUUUUGAUACAUAAUAAUGUCUAUUUUGAUAACUAUGUAAAACUAUCAAAUAAUUCUUGAUAGGUGAAUGCUAAUUUACAGACACUCCCUUCAUCUGCCUCUGAACGCCUACAUUCUGCCAUCAACUACAUCGAAAACCUGGACAAAACAUUUGAAGGUGCUGACAGUAUCCACGCCAUCAGAGAUGAAGUACGAGAUUUUCAUUGAUAACUAUGUUGAAUAUACAGUGGAACUCCUGCAUAACGAACCUCUGUGUAACGAAAUUUCCGUUUAAGAGAAACUUUUAAACCUUCGUCAAUCACUACACAGUACAUUAAAAACUCCUCUAUACCGAAAAAUAACGAACAAUUUUUAAAUCUCCGAGCGGUUCGUUAUACUGGAGUUUCACAGUAGUUUCAGCAGAUAAUACACAAUUUUACAUGCUUACGCUAACAAUUUUAUGUUCAGGUAAUCGAGGAGGCCAGACAAAAGCUCAGCGAACUUCUCCAAGUCGCCAAGUUCGCCCCCAAAUUUCCAAAAGAGAAAAGCGUCCUAAACGAAGACAUCUGA